AUGGCGACCACGUCGAACAUGUUUCUUUAUUCGCUGACCAUCCAGCCGCCUACGCAUGUCACGGAGGCGGUGGUUGGUCAGUUUGCAGGCACCAAGGAGCAGCAGAUUGUGACGGCAUCCGGCUCCCGUCUCGUUCUCCUCCGCCCUGACCCUACCCAAGGAAAGGUUGUAACUCUUCUUUCCCAUGAUAUCUUUGGUAUCAUCCGCUCCAUGGCUGCGUUCAGACUCGCUGGAAGUAACAAAGAUUAUCUCAUCCUGGCAACCGACUCUGGAAGAAUCACAAUCCUAGAGUACAAUCCCACCCAAAACUGCUUCGCACGGGUACAUCUAGAAACGUUUGGCAAGUCGGGGGUUCGGAGGGUCAUUCCCGGUGAAUACCUAGCCUGCGAUCCCAAGGGAAGAGCGUGUCUGAUUGCCUCUCUUGAGAAGAACAAGCUUGUCUACGUCUUGAACCGAAAUGCUCAGGCUGCAUUGACAAUCAGUUCUCCUCUCGAGGCGCAUAAGCCCGGUGUCCAUGUCCUUUCCCUUAUCGCCCUCGAUGUCGGAUAUGCAAAUCCUGUUUUCGCUGCGCUCGAGUGGGACUACACAGAGGCUGAUCAGGACCCGACAGGCCAAGCUGUUGACGAGAUCGAACCUCACCUCGUAUAUUACGAGCUCGAUCUCGGCCUGAACCACGUUGUUCGUAAAUGGUCAGAGCCCGUAGAUCGUACCGCGUCAAUAUUGUUCCAAGUACCCGGUGGCAAGGAUGGACCGAGCGGUGUGUUGGUGUGUGGUGAAGAGAGUGUCACAUAUCGACACUCUAACCAAGACCCCUUCCGUGUUGCCAUCCCACGGAGAAAAGGUGCUACUGAGGAUCCCUCAAGAAAACGAAACAUUGUUGCGGGUGUGAUGCACAAGCUCAAAGGAAGCGCGGGCGCCUUCUUCUUCCUGCUCCAAACCGAGGAUGGCGAUCUCUUCAAAGUCACCAUUGACAUGGUUGAGGAUGACGAGGGUAACCCUACUGGAGAAGUCAGACGGCUCAAGAUCAAGUACUUUGACACCGUGCCCCUUGCCACGAGCCUUAGCAUUCUCAAGAGCGGUUUCCUCUACGUCGCUAGCCAGGCUGGCAAUCAUCAAUUCUACCAAUUCGAGAAGCUUGGGGAUGACGAUGACGAGCCCGAGUUCUCAAGCGACGACUUUCCAGCGGACCCAAGCGCUUCCUAUGACCCCGUUUACUUCUACCCUAGGCCUGCGGAAAAUCUAGCCCUGGUGGAGAGCGUGGAGUCCAUGAACCCCCUCGUCGACUGCAAGGUUGCCAACCUCACAGACGAAGAUGCCCCGCAGAUUUAUACUAUUUGCGGAAGCGGGGCCAGAAGCACAUUCAGAACGAUCAAGCACGGCCUUGAAGUCGAAGAGAUCGUAGCCUCGGAAGUUCCUGGCAUUCCCUCCGCCGUCUGGACCCUCAAGCUUGACCGAGGGGACCAGUACGAUUCUUAUAUCAUUCUUUCCUUCACGAAUGGCACAUUUGUCUUGAGCAUUGGCGAAACUGUCGAGCAGGUGAAUAACUCUGGGUUUUUGACCUCUGUCCCUACACUAGCAGCCCAGCUCCUCGGCGAGGACGGACUUAUCCAGGUCCACCCCAAGGGAAUUAGGCACAUUUGCCGUGGGGAAGUACAAGAGUGGGCGGCGCCCCAGCAUCGCUCAAUUGUCGCCGCCGCCACGAAUAGCAACCAAGUAGCUAUUGCUCUAAGCUCAGGCGAAAUUGUGUACUUCGAGAUGGACUCCGACGGCUCCUUGGCCGAGUAUGAUGAGAAGAAGGAGAUGAACGGCACCGUCACCUGUCUCAGCCUUGGUGAUGUACCGGAAGGUAGGCGGCGGAGCUCGUUUUUGGCUGUUGGCUGCGAUGAUUGCACAAUUCGCAUCCUCAGCCUCGACCCCGAUUCAACACUGGAAAGUAGGUCUGUCCAGGCGUUGACAGCUGCUCCCUCUUCACUCUCCAUCAUGGCUAUGUUCGAUUCUUCCUCAGGUGGAUCGACCCUCUACCUCCACAUCGGUUUACACUCCGGUGUCUACCUUCGAACCGUCCUUGACGAAAUCACGGGCGAGUUGACGGACACAAGGCAGAAGUUCUUGGGUCCCCGACCCGUGCGGCUUUCCCAAGUUUCGGUCAAGGGCCAGACCUGCGUCCUAGCUCUAAGUUCGCGACCGUGGCUAGGCUACGCCGAUCCGAUAUCAAAAAGCUUUGUGGUGACGCCCUUGAACUACGUCGACUUAGAAUGGGGAUGGAAUUUUACUAGCGAGCAGUGCGAAGAAGGCAUCGUUGGUAUUCAGGGCCAAUCUCUCCGCAUCUUCUCGAUAGAGAAGCUUGGGGAAACCCUGAUUCAGAAAUCCAUCCCCUGA